UCGAGAGUGGCAAAACGAGGUGUCGAGAGUGGCAAAAUCGAGGUGUCGUGCGCUCUUCCCCGGUUUUGCAAUGACGUAAAAUAAACGAUUCGCAUCAUUUUAAUUGCAACAGGGAAUAGAAGCGAACAGUUUUAUACUGCUUCGUCCGGCAUGGAGAGCAAAAAAAAGAGAAAAAUCUUAACUCUGACUGAUAAACUAGAGAUUCUGGCUCAAGUGGAUGCGAAUUUGGGCCCUAAAAUUUGCUUGGCCAAUCGUUUAGGUUUACCACCUUCCACUUUAAAUACUAUCAUUAAAAAGAGAAAGUUUAUCGAAGAAAAUGCGGCUAAAUGUGGUCCGUACGCUAAGAAGAGAAAGAAGAUGAAAACGACUCCUUAUGAAGAGCUGGAGAACGUGCUGACAGAAUGGCUUAAAGAAGCCAAAGAGCAUCGUCUUCCCAUGAAUAGCAAUCUUUUAAAGGAGAAGGCUUUAGAUAUAGCCACCAAACUAGGAAUGUAUGACUUUAAAGCCUCUAACGGCUGGAUAGAUCGUUUUAAGCAGCGCAAUGCUCUUUAUGCAUCCUUGAUCAAGAAGAAUCGUCAUGAUGACGUCACGACAUCUGGAUCUGCAUCCGUUGCUGGAUCUGUAGAAGUAGAGGAACCUAACUAUACUGAUUACACAGAGAUAAUGAAGUCAAUUUUAAGUAGUACAGUAAAACCAGAAAGUGAGCAAGCAGAACAAAAUGAACAAGAGAUUUUUAUUGAUUUGCAGAGUAAUUCAAUGUCAGUGAUAAAUCUGUCAGAACAAGAUGCAAAUUGUAAUGACUCUAAUGAAGAAAAUAUAAUAUCCACAAGUCCAAUAAAACAAGAAAAUUCACCAGAUGAAGAUGGUGAACCUGAUAUUUUAUUAAACAUUCAAAAUAAUUCAAUGUCCUUGGAAGACUUAAGUGAUCCAGAAGAAAUAUUACCAGACAGCUCUAAUCAGACAUCAAGUUAUAAUGUUCCUGAAAUUAGUAGUAGUUUAUGUCUUUUGAGGCAUAGAGAAAAACUUUCCAGUAUUGAUGAAAAAUUUCUAGCUACACUGAUGGAAAAUUCUAGAAGUUUAGCACUUCCCCCUCAGCUAAGUGCUACAGAGACAUUUUUUGCAAGUUUAGUGCCUUAUGUUGAACAGUUGUCUCUUUCUGUCAGGCUUCGUCUUCAAGAAAAAAUAUUAAGAAUGGUUCGUGAAGCAGUAGAAGAAAAUUCAUGACCUUUAAUAGACACAAGAAUCACAAGUAUUUGAAUAUUGUUGUCAUACAUCUCAAAUAAUGAUUUAUCAGUGAGAAUAAUCUUAUUCUUUUAACAUUUUAAAACAACAGCAACAUUUCAAAUGUUAUCAUGACAUUGAAAUUCA